AUGAAAUAUGAUGCCAUCGUCAAGCUGUUGGGCGACUUUGGCCCCUACCAGAAGAGGCUUUACUUCCUGCUAUGCAUUCCUAUGAUAUCAGUCGGGAUCCAGACCAUGUUGACAGUUUUCACACUGGGAGUACCAGACCACAGGUGUGCUCUGCCUGACUGGGACAACGACACAUACACCAUUCAGGGAGAACAACACCAAAACGCAGUCCUUGCUGCGAUUCCUCCGGCUACUGAAGGGACACAACUCUACUCUUCCUGCCUCAUUCGAAACGCCAUCAAUGAAACAGAUGGACAGGCGUUUAACACAAAUUCUACUCGAAAAUGUGAAAAAUGGGUCUACGACUCGGACAUGUUCAGUUCAACUGUUGUGACAAAGUUUGGAUGGGUGUGCGACAUGAAGCUGACGAAGUCGCACGCUCAGAUGAUGUUCAUGCUUGGAUCGCUCGUGGGGAGUGUGUUGUUGGUGUCACCGUCGGAUUUUAUCGGACGAAAGAAGAUGUUCAUGGUGUCCGUCUUGCUGCAUAUAGUGUCCACCAUCGUGACAGCCUUCAGCCCCAGCUUUGCCAUCAUCGGCAUCCUCUACUUCAUCAUCGGGAUGUCCGGCAUCGCCAUCUGGAGCAACGCCUUUGUCGUAGGUGUGGAACUAGUCGGUCCCUCAAAGAGAGUGUUGACGGGCAUCAUCUGUGAGCUAUACUGGACCUUUGGAGUGUUCCUGGCAACAACAAUUGCAUACUUUGUGCGAGAUUGGCGUCAUCUGCAGCUGAUAGUUUCAACGCCAACAGCUUUGUUUCUGGCAUAUUACUGGUUUAUGCCGGAAUCUCCGCGCUGGUUGAUUAGUAAGAGAAAGUUUGAAGAAGCAGACCGGAUAUUACGUCAUGCCGCCAAGAUCAACAAGACGACCUUGCCCCCCAACAUAUUCAGUCAAGGCAUGUUACAGAAGAAGACGGAGGAACCGCUGUGUCAGAUAUUCACAAGUCCUUCUUUGGUCAUCCGUUCCCUGGUGAUUUUUCUCAACUGGUUCGUGGUCAGCCUCGGCUUCUAUGGCCUGGGUCUAAAUGUGGCCAGUCUUGGUGGGAGUGUCUACACGAACGUAUUCAUCAGCGCAGGAGCCGAGCUGGUCGGCCAUAUUGCCUGCCUUCUACUCCUGGACCGUAUUGGUAGAAAGUCCUUGCACUGCACCUGUAUGCUCCUCGGCGGUGUGUGCUGCACAGCGACCCUCUUACCUGUGGUGUAUGGAGGUGGAUCUCUCAACUGGCUGACCAUUACCCUAGCUUUGACUGGUCGGGGGUUUGCAGUGGCCAGUUUCGACGUCAUCUGGUUGUAUUCUUCGGAACUGUUCCCAACAGUCAUCAGAAACUCAGCUCUGGCAGCUGCUAACAUAAGUGCAAGGGUGGGAGGAACUAUAUCUCCUUAUAUAGCUAACCUGGCUCUCGUAAUAACAGGAGACUUUGGCAGGGCCGUUCCUCUCAUCAUAUUUGGUACGUCAAUGGCAGUGGCCGGACUGGCAGCUUUGGCAUUGCCUGAAACUCUCAACAAUCCACUCCCCGAUACGAUAGAAGACGCCAGGCAAAUGAAAAGGAGAAGCCGAAGGCCUGAUAUUACCCGAACUGACUAUAUCCGAUCUAACGGUGAAGAAUUGGCGGAUCUACAACCAAAUGGAUGUGUCUCAUCCACUAAGGCUAGAGUAUAGAUAUUUUGUAGAUAGGCAAACGUAUCUAUGUAAAAGGUUGAUGGAUAUGUAUACCUUCAUCGAAUCAUGAUAUUGUAGCAACGUCAACGUCAACGUCAAAGUUUAUUUUAUGCAUUCUUGCAAAAUAUCUUUGUUAGAAAUACCAUCUCUGUGUUCGCCUGGUCGAAUCCGUACUGCACCGGGAAUGUGGAUUACUCAAAAGACGUUAUCAACCUGACGUUGUGUUGACAAUGUGUGUGUUUCAAGCAUGCCUAUGCAUCCUAGGCCGUCAAACGUGGUCUUUGACACUGGAGCGAUAUAAGCUUUCAGUUGCUCCAUCCUCUGUAGCAAAUGUUGUACUCCCGGACAGUGAUGUGCCACGAUGCAUACAAACACAGGCUAACAAGCAUCUAGCGCACACCAUGCCCUUGGCUGUAUCCAUCGGUUCGUCAAGAAACUGAGGAUCUGUAACGUCAUCCAGUCAUUGUGUACAAUCGGGUUAGUGCGAUGAUUAUAACCAUCAAAACUCGACUGUAAACAAAUAUUACGUUUGUUUAUAUUUGAUAUCCAUAACUGACCAAUAAAGAGUUAUGUAUAGGAUUUUGUUAAUGCUCCGCGCAGUUUCCGAAACAUUACAGCCUUUACGAGUACAAACACAACAUCAGGUCAUCUUGUGUUAAAUGAUGUUGAGGUACAUGUGGAUGUUUGACACAUGUGAUCAUAUUAUUAUGCUUAAUGAGUUCAACCUUCACAGAUUGUGAACAUUCUUUGAGAGGCAUUUUAGAAGUUGUAAAAGCCUUGGCUUUCCUUGAUUUUUAACAUGUUUGCGUCGUGUCCAAUGCUGCAAUUGUGUAUACAUAUAUGUCCCUGUUAACGCCAAAGAUUACCAUUAUGUACAUACUUCACAAUUAUCACUAUGCAAUGCUUCCAUUCAUGUAUUGUCACUUGUAUCAGCAAAUUACUGUGUAUUGAUCAGCAAAUUAUUUCAUUUUGCAUUGUAUGUUUUUGUAUGAUGUUUCAAACAAUUGUAACAUGCAAAAACACAAUGUUUGGCUCAAUCAUAACAGCAGAGCGCCAAACUGUAUCAAGUCCCAUUUCAGUGCUUACAAAAUAUACACGUACGUAUAUUUGUUUCAUUGUUGACAUGCCAUGGAACGAAAGGAGUCACGUGUCCCAAUGCAUGGCGCAAACAGAUACCCAGAAGGCCAUGAGAGUUGCGGUUUGUCAUGAAAUUUGAAGAUUGUAAUUCAUACGACAAUAAAUAAAAUUGUGUA